AUUCCUAUCCACGGUAAGUCCUCAUUGGGCAGACUAACACUUGAGGAAGUGUAUUUACCAGAAACAGGAAGUCCCAGUUUGUACUGUAGGUGCCUUUCGGGAAGAGACUCAUUUGAGGACUGUCAACACCCUUCAAAAACAUGCCGUCCAUGAAACAAUAUUGCCUUCUUGCUGCUCGGUUGAGUUGGAUUUUCAAAAUGCUCCUUCCUUUUUGCGUUGGAACUGAAUCUCCAAGAUUCGUACUUCGCAACACUGCCUUUGUGGCCUUCACGGGCGAAGAUCUCCACGUUCAUUUUGAUCUCCGGGUUCCACUAAACCAAAGUAAAGACGACAUGACAUGCUUUGACCCUUUUCACAGGCCAAUUUUUAAUCGGCUCAUCCCUCCGACUAUUGGUCAUUCUGAGACGAUCAGGGAGGUCCUGCAGCUGCAUAAACUGCAGACUUCAGGAGAAUAUCAUUGCCAGUAUAAGAUGGCCAGAGCUUACUGGUUUGUCCGUCUGCGAGAUGAAGGCUACAGGGAUGUGGUCAGAGUGGAUUACACAGACUUCAUAAUAGUGGGCUUCUUCAGUGGAGUGUUGCUGGUGUUCAGUGUGGUCGGCUCUGUGUAUGUCUUCAGAGGAACUUGGAAGAAGCAAAUCCCCGAGUGUGGCAAUCCGAGCAAAGAACGAAAGCAGAAGAAAGAAAGAACACAGGCAAAGAGGCCUGAGGAUGACGACAUGGGUGUAAUAAUAACUUCUUCCACAUCUCUCUAUGCUAGUCUGGAGCCACGACCUCUGUCUGUUUAUGAUGUGCUCGACCACUCAGCUGUAAACAUCGAUUCCCACGAAAGGAAACCCGCACUCAAGUCAAAAUCAGGCCAGAAACCGGUGGCACAAAGCCCACAAGCACAGGACGAAGGCGUGUUUGAGUCUGUCUACGAAAAUUUCUGAAUCAUUAAGUAACAUGGUUCCAACCUGACUGUCAUUGUAACCCAUAAAAUAAAUUCACAAUGUACAUUGCAAUUUUGAAUAGCUAAAGAUGGAAAAAUACACUAAUAUGCUGCAGAACUACAGUAUCUGGCUACAGAAUUGUGAAUGACUGUACAAUGCAGGCAAAAUUACAAUAUACUAUAUAGAAAUAUGUCCCUGUCACUUUUCAAUAAAUAUAAUAAAGUAAAGAGUGCA